AUGCUAUUUAAUACUAUUCAUAUAACAGACAUAGACAACGCGUUGAAAAGGAUACAGGAGUGUUGUCCGAACAUCGUGUACGUGAGCCUGCUCGGCAAUCCAGGAUGUCCGGAUCAGCUGACCAAUCCGACGUUAACCGACGACGAGGAUUACAAUCGUUUCAGACUGUACGCGAUAUACAUGUUACCUUCGACCUUACGGUUCCUCGAUUCGCGUCCUGUAACGAGACAAGAGCGAAAGGACGCUGAGAGACGAGGAAAGUACUCGAGGACCGUGAAACCGAUGCCGGAUUUCUCGCCCAAAUUCGUUUCCGACCCGAUGGAUGACUACGAUGAUAUAUUCUUCAACGUUCAUUACACACCCUUGCCAAGGUCGAUUCGCGAUCCUCUUGAUCACAAAGGAGCGUUCGGGAAGUGCAAGUACCGAUAUUCAGGGAAGAACUCGGAAGGGAAUCGGUUUAUUUCGAAUAACGAUCUUUGAACGUAAGCAUAUCGAAGCACCUCCAAGUGUAUAGUAGGUAAAAAGAGUAUUGGCACGCAAUGUUACAAGGAAAUUCACCUAAUACGAACUUCUCAAUUUCGAUGAAACUCUAUAAGUAUGUAUAUCAUAACAGAUUAUACGCGCUACAAUUUUCUUGUUCACGUAACAUCAUUCUGAGCAGAUGAAAUCAGCAAUCGAAUUUUCAACGCUCCUUUCAUCUUUCUUUAAAUAUAACUUUAUAACAAUACAAGAUACAACAAAA